AUGAUAAAUAUACAGCCGACACACGCUUCUCCAGACCCCAUUUUUGAAGCUCCAGAUCCUCGACCGACCUCCUCUAUAUAUUCUCGGCCCAUAGGCUACAACGACGAGCACGUCAUCGUUACCGGAAACGGCAGAAGUGAUUCAAACAAAUUUGGCAGCUGGAUCGGCCCGGCAAUGCGCAGAGCAACCCAGAGGAUCUCCUCGGUAACCUCUUUAGGAGGAUUAAUGAGACGAUUUGACUCCCCUAGUGGAGAGGGAAGAGAGACAGAAAUAACUGAAGGGCCCGAGCAACCUGCAACAGACACGGCAAGAGUCGCGAAACGGAACGCCAGUCAUGACGACUCCGACAGCAAUAGCUCAGAAUGUAUAUGCGAGAAAUGUCAGCGAGAUUUUCGGGUUUUCAAAAUAGUAUUCGUCGUCGUGAGCAUCAUGGUGAUUAUAAUCUUAAUAAUCGUCGUUCUCAUGGCGACAGGUGUUUUUAAUCGUUCUGCAACCAACGGUGGACUAUUGGUAUCUACGACUUCGUCUUCUCCAUCUUCUACCAUGACAAAGGAUAUUAGAACUGAACACAACUCUCGGUCAGGGAUAGUCUCUAUAGCAGAAACCCCCGCUUCAUCGUCGGAGCCCACAUCUACAUCCGCGCCUACGCCUACGCCUACGCCUGCCCCCCCGACCACACCCACACCCGCGCCGUCAUUUAUUCCUUCGUCUACAUUUAUGCCCCCAUCUAUACCCAUGUACACGAUCUCCAUUACGAAAACGAUUUCGUCCACACUCUUGGUAACCCAGACCCUACCGCCAUCCAGGACCGGUGAUACGGAGACGACAUCAACGAUCUCUUACGUGGUGAUAAUUACUACACCACUUAUGCCGCGGCAAAGCCACAAAAUCGGGGAGCCGGAUAUAACGACUACAAUGUACUCCCCGGUAACUACGGUCUUCGUCCCACUUUCGAAAAUUUAUCUCAAGGCCAAGUCAGAGGAGACAAACCGUUCGGAAGAUUUCCCGAUAGAAAUGUGGCGGAGGUUUCCAUAA